AUGAACUCAAUUGCUCAGAAAUAUACACACACAAACAAUAAUCGCAUACUCAAUGAAAUAACUUCAGCAAGGGAUGGGUUAGCCUCAACGCACCAGCUUGAAUUGGCGCCAUCUAUCCAAUUACCCCCAAUUUCACAACCUACUGACUUCUUAAGAGCACACACAGAUGAUGCCACCAACCCAGAUUGUAAAAUCAAGAUUGCCCAUGGUACUACGACACUUGCCUUUAGAUUCCAAGGUGGGAUUAUCGUUGCUGUUGAUUCCAGAGCCACUCAGGGGAACUGGAUUGCCAGUCAGACUGUGAAGAAGGUGAUCGAGAUCAAUCCUUUCCUUUUGGGAACCAUGGCGGGUGGUGCAGCCGAUUGUCAGUACUGGGAAACCUGGUUAGGUACCCAGUGUAGAUUGCACGAGUUGAGAGAGAAGGAAAGAAUCUCAGUGGCCGCUGCUUCUAAGAUCUUGGGUAACUUGGUUUACGAAUACAAGGGCAUGGGGCUCUCUAUGGGUACCAUGGUUUGUGGUUACACUAAAAAGGAAGGUCCUACAAUUUACUAUGUUGACUCUGACGGGACAAGAUUGAAGGGAGACUUGUUCUGUGUUGGAUCUGGUCAGACCUUUGCCUAUGGUGUGUUAGACUCCGAAUACAAGUGGGACUUGACCAUUGAGGAAGCUUUAUAUCUUGGUAAGAGAAGUAUUCUUGCCGCCACGCACAGAGAUGCCUACUCAGGAGGUUCAGUGAACUUAUUCCAUGUUGCUGAAGAAGGGUGGGUCUUCCACGGUAACCAUAACGUUGGAGAUAUCUUUUACGACAUCAAGGAGAAGGAAAAGAGUUUCAACAAUGUUGAUGGUUGA